AAGGUACUGCAUGACGUGUCCCACUUGGAGACUAAAACCACAAAAAUAUUAUUGUUCCGUAUAAUUACAGUAAAAGUACGUCAAGUUAAAUGGACAGAAGGUGGCGCUACAGUUGCAGAGCAUGUUUUCGGCAGCAUAAAAUGACUCCUCGUGUUUUCGUCGUUUUCAGCGCGAUAGUUCACAGGUCGCGGAAAGGUUGUGUUUUGGUUUCGACUAGCUAUGGCGGCUGUGAGUUGGUUUGCUUACAGGCAACUGCCUCGCAUCGCUUCCCAGUUCGGUCGGCACCUGAGGCGAGCUGGACUGUUCUAUACCGGAGCACCGGUGCGGAGAUUCACCUCGACUCCUCGCUCGCGGAUCGGGGAUAAAGGGUCAUGGGGCAAGACGCGGAUGCUGGAGCAAUCUCAUUUGACAGAGCUCGAUAAGGCGGAUGCAUUGAUGUUGAGAAAGUCCCAUGAGACAGGGUUCCUGUCCUGGUUCCGUAAUGGUCUGCUAGCCACUGGAAUAGGGGUCAUAGCCUUUGUGCAGAGUGAUGUUGGCCGAGAAGCUGCGUACGCGUUCUUCAUCCUGGGCGGCGUGUGCGUGUCUUUCGGCGGGGCGACCUACGUGGGGAACCUGUUCGCCCUGCGGCGCCUCAUGCUGCUCUCGCUGCCCGCCGUCCUGCUCCACAGCCUGGUGGUCAGCAGCGUCGCCCUCUUCUGGCUGUGCGCGGUAUCGCUCUACAUCGGCCGGCUGGAGGUGGAGAUCAUCCACGACGACGAGGACGACGGGGAGGAGGGGGGCGAGUGCGAGGAGUGCGGGGGCCGGCGGGAGGGGCGCCACCCGGAGGACGGAAAGGGCCAGGACAAGUGAGGGGGGGCGGGGUCCUGUGCUGGGGUGCCCCUGCUCUGUGGUGGGGGGGGGGGGGGGGCACCCUACAACCCUGAUAGACCACCAGCGCUUAUGUGUGAGAGGAGAAACAAUAGUUGUUUAUGUUGGGGAGGUGUGGUCUUCUGUAAGAGGAGUUCUGUUUGGAUAUGGGCUUUUGUGGGUAUAGGGGUGUGCGUGCGUGUUGCACAUACGGUUGUGUGUGUGUGUGUGUGUGAGCCUGUGUGUAAGUAUGUGUGUGUUGCAUGCGAGUAUACAGGACGGUGAUAUAAAGUCAUGAUGGGUGCACUUGUUUUAAGUUUACUGUGUAUGUUGUAUUUUCUCUAAGCAUUGCUCCAGUUGUUGAUUUAAACAACAUGUAAAAAAAUGCAUAUUAUGUUAAAAAUAAUUAGGUAUAUCAGCAUGACUGUUUACCAGACAGGGCAGUUUCAGUCAAUGUCUGACCAAAGAGCUGGAAAAGUAUGGCAUGUUUGAGAAACCAGUGUUCCUGCAGGCUUUUUAUUAAGUUUAUUAUUUCAAUAUCCCUGCAGUUGAAAACGCAACUUCCAGGGAACUGCCUCUGUGAAUUUAAAAUUUGAUUAUGUCAGCUGUGAUAACUGAAGAACUUUGUGUCUUUGCAACAUGCAGACUAGCGUGGCUAAGUUUCAGAAUUCUGAUGCAGCCUCGCUGUGUGCUGCUGCUACCCGAGGCCUCGGCCGCCGGUGUGUGCUGUGUGCUGUGUACGCGCCUCUGCUGGUGUGUGUGAGAAAGAGAGGACGCGACAAAGUACUGAUUUAUCCUUACCUCUGACCUCUGACCUCUGACCUGUAGAAGGUCCCUGAGGCAGUCAACAACUCUGUGCAAUUUCUCCUCCCAGCAGCUGAUCCAGGGUCAGGUUACUUGGCCCCUUUUCUGACUCCAGCUAUCGUGUGAAAGAUGCUGAACUAGGGUCAGUGCUUGGGGGCAUUGCUAUUAACGGCCAUCUGACACAAGUCAAGUUAGGGCUGCCGCACUUAGUCACAUGAUUCUGUGUUUUCGGUCACAUUGACCAAUCAGCAGCGCUUCCAGAGUCAGGUGGGAGGCAGACAGGCUGACCUCAGAAGUGCUGGGGUGCCACCAAUCAGGUUUUAAGCGUGACUUUCAAUCUGUACUCUGACGCACAAGUCUGUUUCGCAGACUGCAAAAUCUGAUCCAAUAUUUUACAACCAGACCAAAAUGUACUUUAGGUUUUUAAAAAAGUAAAAGCAUAAGUGCUUGUUGGAUAUAAAACAACACAAAAUGCACUCCUCAGAGAACAAAUUGGCUAUCUGAUAUCAACAUUAAACUGGCUUGAUACUUAAGUCUUGCUUAAGGUGGUUUCUUUGCUAGUCUGUUGGCAUAUUCUUAAUUGCCUAGACUCAUAUAACAUCUCUCCUUUUUUUGACAUCCUAUAUUUUUGCUUGUACAAUGGGCUCUAUAUGGUAACCACAGUACAAUGAGUGUGAGAUUUCUCGUCGCUUCCAACAACAUUCAUUAAUACCUCCUUAUUUACAUGUUUUUUUUUGUGUUCAGUUGUUCUUUGUCUGCCUCACAUUUACAGCGUAGGGAGCUCUUUAAAAAAAGAAAAAAAAAGAAAAAGCGCAGCACGACCGCAAACUUUCUUCUCGGUGACCGCGCGGUCCUAUCGAUCAGGGCGGGGGGCGGCGCACGGAGGGGAACGAGCUCCAGUCGCUGGGCUUCUCGGGGCAGCUGAGCUAAGGGACGGCCCCAGUUAAAGAUCCGCGGAACAGAAGCCCUGUUCGUUGAGCCCUGUAGCUGGAGGGUCACGUUUCGGGCCGAUUUCCUCUCCAGACACAUUCCCCGCGGCUCAGCGAACCCAGCGGACCCAGCGGACCCAGCGGGCUCAUUAGCCGUGCGCGAGGAAACAAAGCGGCUAAACAUCCCGGCAGCUCAGGCCACACGUCUCCGGCUGCGAUUUAUCCUCUGUAACAAUGUAAACAAACACGGAAAAAAACGCAUAUGCGGCUAUAUAUUUUUUUUCCUGCUUCUGUUUUUAAAUAUAUAUGUUUCCCCAUAUAUUCUAGGAAUCUAUAGUUUCUGGUUAUGAAGUUAAUGAAAUUAGGCCCUGUUUGCAUGUUGCUUUCUGUGAAAUGCAUAUCCGAUUUCUUGGGGAAAAAAACAAUUCCAUGUUGCAUUGAUGGCUGGUCUAAACACAAGAAAUCUGGUCAGAAUUUAAAAAAUCCAACAUGAAUCGCAUCCCAUCUUGUCCCGUUCCCAACAUUAUACUGAUAAAUAGCAUCCCAUAAUAAGCGUGCGGCAGUCAAGUGUUGUAGAGCUGGUUGUCGGGACAGAUGGAUGGCUGAACACAGCAUAGGAGAAAUGCAGUCUCAGUCUGAAUGCAUGGAUCUGGGUCAGCAGCACGAGAAAUCAAAUGUCAUAUCGGAUGUACAAAAUUCCAGUUCGUCAGCUGAGUGUAGACUGGGCCUAAUUUAACCUAUUCUAAGGUUGUGCUGAUAGAAGGGGUGGUGUGCAAGAAGCCAGCUGCUGUAACGCUGUGAUACUUUUUUCAAAAACCACAAAUUGGUGUGGAAGACAUGUAACGGUCAAAUGAAGCAACAAACGUUCAAAGCCUUUAGCCUUAUAGGGGAAAGAACCAUAUCGUAUUAAUGAAUCUUGUAUUAGUUGGAGUCUUUUAGCUGGGGGGUUAUGAUAAAUUCUACAUCCCUUGAAACCAUAAAUCAAUAAAUCAAAAAAUAAAUCUCAAGUUCAAAUCUUUGUUUUGUUUAUUUGUGGAUCCAUGUACUAAAUGCAUUCUUGGCAAGUAUAAAAAAUGACACCAGAUGGCGCUAUUCUGAAACAAAUCAGUUGUCCUGAUCACCACUAGUCUUCACUGAACACUGCAAACACACAUUUGCUGUAGUUUGUUUUGGUUAUAUUUACUACUGUGUAAAUAUAACUAUUUUAUAAUAUUUACUACUACCCAGCCUAUUUGUAUUCUUAGUUUAAGCAGUGAGUUAAGUGAGUAGCCGGCAACAUACAGAUUUCAGAUUUUAUUUGUGCAAAAAUUCAAAUAGUGUACAGACUGAAUGGUUUUGUUUUGGUGUAUUCAGUUUCUUCAUGUAUUUGUCCUUUUCUCUCAGUGAUGUGUGUACAGUACUUUGCAUGAGUUCAUUCUCCUACAAUCUAAUGACUCAAAUUUGUUGAAAGCCCACUGUGAUCGAUGGUAAAAUACAACAGAGUGCGAGUGAGUGUGCUUACACAGUAGCACAAGAGUUGGGUGUCUUUUAGAAAGUGAUGUCGUAUUCUGAAUAACCAAUCACAGAGGAAUGACAGCAAUAAUAAUUUGAAUGUCUUUUUAUGUCAGUACUUUGAGGUAACUUUUAUGUUCUAAUAAAAGCUACACACAAAACUCAGAUUUGGAUGUAGCUUUUAUUAGAACACGUUAAAAAAAACCGAAACAAGUGUAAUGAGAACAGACAAGUUUAAAUAUCCUAGCAUGUCAUUUGUUUACUGUAUGUAAAAAACCGUUCAUAUUUAGUUUAACAAGGGCUCAGUAGUUUGAUUUUCCCAGGGAUAGGGAGAGCCAUAGCAGUUAUGAAGAGAUGUACUCAAGUUCAAAUGACAUGAUCGUGCAUAAUGAGCUUCCUUUUUUGUAGGCUAAAUCAAUAUAUAAUCCUUUCAUUGUUGAAUAUGAAUGACAGAGAAAACAUUAGAUUUAAUGUUUCCAUUUUCAUUCAUAAAUCCAUUCAUUGUUGAAUGACGCGUGAAUGCUUGAGGUUAAAUUUAGAGUUAGCCAGCUGAAUUCAAAAUGAAGUGAAUGAAGAACGGUCUGUACAAUGGCAACAUUGCAACCAAUUUGACUUGAAUAAAUCUUCGGGGCAAGCAGUUAUUUUUGGGUGAAAUGGAAGCACCCAUAACAAAUGUUAUUCAUUGGCGGGAACAGACUAAACCACAUUUAGUGUAACUGUGAGAGAGGCUGUCUGUGGACACAGGACACAAUUUCUGGAUGGACUUUUAUUUUCAUAAUUGUGAAUGCGUGUAUUUGGGGUUGCGUGCCAUGUUACUGUAUGUAAAAGGAUUAUGGGUUUUUUGUUAAAAAAAAAUUUCUGCAUGGUUGUCAGUGGUAUUUACUGUACACGGAUAAAACACAAAAUUACCGUAUGUACAUAAAUCCUGUACGUAUAAAGCCAGUUUGAGGAAAAUAAUAAACAUCUGUUUGUUGGA